AUGUCUGUGGCUGCUCAGACUAUCUCAGCUGCUCAGCCCGGCGCACCUGACACUCGCGGGUCAGUCGGUGCAUACAAGGACUUUCAGAUACACAAAAUCAACAAAGACGUUGAGCUGCAUGGGACCGACAAGUUCAAGGCAGCUAGCUUCCCUCACUACCUGCCAACUUGGGAGAAUGAGAAGAAUGUAAAAUACCCUCCCCUCGAGCCCUUCGAGCACGUCGAGCACGGUAAGGACGCGGAUCCGUCUUUUCCCAAUCUGCUUCCACAGGGCACCCAAGUCGAGAACAUCACCUCCUCCAUUGGCGCUGAGGUCUCAGGCAUCCAACUCUCGCAGCUGACAGAUGCCGGCAAGGACGAGCUUGCACUCUUCGUUGCUCAGAAGAAGGUUGUAGCUUUCCGAGACCAGGACUUUGCACAGCUACCCAUCGAGAAGGCGCUGGAUUAUGGACGCUAUUUCGGACGUCUCCACAUCCAUCCAACGUCAGGUGCACCGGAAGGAUACCCAGAAGUGCAUCUCGUGCACCGUGGUGCUGAGGACCAGAGCUUCAAGUCGUUCUUCAAUAACCGAACUAACAGCAUUGCGUGGCAUUCGGAUGUGACAUAUGAGAACCAGCCUCCUGGGACUACAUUCUUGUAUGCCCUGGACGUGCCGGAUGCUGGUGGCGACACGAUCUUUGCCAACCAGGCGAAGGCGUACGAGAGAUUGAGCCCGGCUUUCAGAGAGCGCUUGGAAGGACUGACUGCCUUGCACUCCGGCUAUGAGCAGGCAACCGCUGCCGAAAGCAAGGGCACGUUUGUCAGGAGAGCACCUGUUUCAUCUAUUCAUCCACUCGUCCGCACGCACCCAGCCACUGGCGAGAAGGCGCUGUACGUUAACCCACAGUUCACUCGGUACAUCAUCGGCUUCAAGCAAGAAGAGAGCGACUACCUGCUCAAGUUCUUAUACGACCAUCUGGCGUACUCCCAGGAUCUCCACUGCCGCGUCAAGUGGAAGCCUAACACUGUCGUGGUUUGGGACAACAGAGUCACUGCUCACUCCGCCUUGAUCGAUUGGGAGAAUGGCUCCCGUCGACACAUUGCACGCAUCACCCCUCAAGCUGAGCGACCAGUGGAGACAAAGUAG